CGCCCUGCCGCCGGCGCGGGGCCAUGGGCGGCAGCGGCUGAGGCAGCCCGGAGCGGAGUGCGGGGCGGGGCGCGGCGCUGCCGCCGCUGGCGGGAGCGGCCGCGGGGCGGUGACUGGGCGCGGUAUUCCCCGGCCCGGUGAGCCAGCCGCGGGAGCGCGGCCCCGGGACUCAGCGGUGGGCGUUUUUGGCGGCGGGCAUUUUUGGCGGCCCGAGCGCCGCGCCCUUCCCCUGCCCUAUGUCGGCGUGGCUCGGCCGAGCGGUGCUGCUGCUGGGGCGGCCGGGGGGGCCCGCCGUUGCCGCCGCUGCCCCUUCCUCCUGCCUAUGUUUGCUACGUGGCCCGCCGCGCUGCUGCUGCCACCGCCGCCUGGGCAGCCUGCGAGGCGGCGCUGAGGGGCUGCUCCUCCCGCGGGAGUCGUCGCCGCCCGGGCGGGCGCUGGGCACCCACCCCAAGGAGCCGAUGGAGGCGCUGAACACAGCGCAGGGCGCCCGCGACUUCAUCUACAGCCUGCACUCUACUGAGCGGAGCUGCCUGCUGCGCGAGCUGCACCGCUUCGAGUCCAUCGCCAUCGCCCAAGGAACUGAUGAAAAGAAAAUUAUUGAAGUCUUGUCAAGUCGAACAUCAGAGCAGAGACAACAAAUAAAACAGAAGUACAAGGCUCUGUAUAACAAGGACAUGGAAGAGGUCCUGAAGGGAGACCUGAGUGGGCAUUUUGAAAAGGCUGUGCUGGCUCUGUUGGACCUGCCCUGCGAGUACGAAGCCCGAGAGCUUCAAAAGGCAAUGAAGGGUGCUGGGACAGACGAGUCACUGCUGAUUGAGAUUCUCUGCACACGAAACAAUAAGGAAAUUGUAAACAUAAAGGAAGCAUACAAACGGCUCUUUGACAAGGAUCUAGUGUCUGAUGUUAAAAGUGACACAAGUGGCUCCCUACAGAAGAUACUGGUCACUGUGCUAGAGGCAACUCGAGAUGAAACCCAGCAGGUCAAUUCAGAGCUCGCUGAGCAAGAUGCCUCAGAUCUGUACAAAGCAGGAGAAGGACGCUGGGGAACAGAGGAGCUGGCUUUCAAUGUGGUCUUAGCAAAAAGAAGCUACAGUCAGCUGAGAGCUACUUUUCAAGCCUAUGAAAAGGUGUGUGGGAAGGACAUUGAAGAGUCCAUUAAAAGCGAGACAUCUGGAGACCUGGAGAAGGCUUAUCUUACUCUUGUCAGCUGUGCCAAAGACUGCCCAGGUUACUUUGCUACACUUCUGCACAAGUCAAUGAAAGGAGCUGGGACUGAUGAAGAGACCUUGAUCCGCAUCCUUGUGACCAGGGCUGAGAGUGACCUGCCAGCAAUAAAGGAGAAAUACCAGCAAAUGUACAAGAAGUCCUUAGCUGAAGCUGUCCGAUCUGAUACCUCUGGGGACUUCAGAAAGUUGCUGCUGGCUCUUUUGCACUAGAAAGCCAUCCAGAAUGAAGAGGCAUGCUGAGCAGCCACCUCUUGAUUAGUUUCCAAACCAGCAUCCAAAAAAUGUGGCAUUAGCAGUAAGAGAAAAAUGCAAUUUCUUGUCUUUCCAAGUGGGGAGCACAUUGCCAAGUAAUGCUGGAUGUGAGGGUCAUGUUAUGGCUAUCUCACCAAAUGUCCUUAAGCAAUAAAGACAUGUUAAAA